AUGCACCAGGUGCCCUACGGACGCAGCGGUACCUCGAGCGAAGACCGAAACGAUAGGACCUUCUGGAAGCAGCAGCAGCAGCAGCCGUCCGAGUGCAUCAGGCGAGUGCUCCAACAGCAGCAGCCUAGAUCCCGCGGUCGUUAUUUAUGUUCUGUUGCAGGGCACACGUUGAACGGCCAGCCAUUGCUGGAAUUCCCGAUGUCGAGCGGCGGCGAACCGGCAUUGGAACCUCUGAGAAUCAAACGGGCCACUCUGUGGGCGAGAGUGGAGCUCAAGCAUGCCCAUCACUAUCAGCAUCAUCGUCACAGUCAGAUAAACCAAAGAAAUAUCACUCUCUGGGUAUUUAGAGUGCACUGCGGUAACACGACGCAUCUCCGAGGCAAGGAACUCGGGCAACACCUAGAGAUGGUGACAUCUCUUGUGGUGAACAUCGGCCAGCUCGGCUGGCAGAAAUUCGACGUGACGAAGGUCGUCAGCAGAUGGUACAGUACGAACUACUCGAAAGAUAAACUGACGCUGCUCGUCGACUGCAGCGGGUGCGGCUCGCACGUCCACGUAUCGACCUUCGACGGGCACUCGCCGCACGUGAUCGAGUCGUCCCUGAAUCCGAAAGGCGAUCACGAUCCGGACAGACCGUUUCUAGUCGUGCGUACCGAUCCAGCGGUCACGAGGCGCGUUAGGAGACGAGCGAUCGAGUGCAGCGGCGCGAUAAAGGGUCAGUGCUGCAAGCAGAGGUUCUACGUCAGCUUCUCUCAGCUUGGGUGGGACGAUUGGAUUAUUGCUCCUCAGGGAUACUACGCCAAUUACUGUAGAGGAGACUGCGCGGCUGGUCACAGGACGCCGGACACAUUUCUCAACUAUUACACCCACGUGAUCGAGGAAUACCGGAAGAUGGACCGACUGGCCGGUAUGCAACCGUGCUGCGCGCCUCUCAAGUUCUCGCCCAUGUCGCUCAUCUAUUACGGCCCGGACUCGAAUAUUAUCAAGAGAGACCUGCCGAAGAUGGUGGUGGACGAGUGCGGUUGUCCUUAAAAGAAAAAUGCGACAGGGAGACGAAAGAGCCAGACGUUCGAGAAGAGUCGUCGGGCUCUGCCUUGUAAAAAGAGAGGGGAAAUAAGUAAUCGCGGAAUCGUAACCGCGAGCCCGGACUCGGUCCGAGACAAAUCGGUCCAGAAACCGUCCGAAUCCCGCGGGAUUUCGUCCCGCGUUAGAAACGGGGAAACCGAGCGAGCCGGGAGUCCGACCGAGCGCUGUGCGAACGGCACUCGAGAGCGCGGCGUGCUCGAACAGUAGUCCGCGCGAGGACGGUUUCCUGAAAAGCAUCGCCCGAGGGUAAGACGGCACGCAAAGAUAGUCAAAGGAACUAGGUAAUUUUGCUAGAUUUACACGCCACAUCGACGCGACUGCGUCUCCGAGCGCGAUCCGAGCGCGCGUGGUGAUAAAAUAAAAAUUGGCCUUUCUAUAUAUAUAUAUACAGAAUAUAGAACGGUCGAGUGCGUAGAUUAGAUCCUACCGGUUGGUAAUUUGUAAAAAAAAAAAGAGACAAACGGAGAAGAAAGGGAGACGCGGCGUCUCUCGGUUUCAAAGCGUCGUUUACAAUACGCAUAUAAUAUAUUUAUCUAUAUCUCUCCGGUUUAUUUGUACGCGAUCGUAAAAGGCAAGGAAGAGAUACGCGAGAAAGAAAGAGUUAUAUACUCAGAGUCGGUAUUCUUUACCCAAGAGCUUAGUCUUUCUUUAUUAGUUGCGUGACGAGAAUGAGAGAAAGAGUGCGCGAGAAUGAGAGAGUAAUUAAAACGAUUGAAAGUAAAAGACGUGACUUUUACGAUUAUACAUAUAUAUAUAAGAUGUAUAUAUUAUAUAAAUAUAUAUAUACAUUCUCGGACGCAUACAUACACACGACGUGAUUCAACCGAAAUAUAGAAAUAUUCGCGUACGGGCGCGCGCGCGCGCGCGCGUAUUAAGUAUAAAGACGAGAAAGAAACUGAAUCUCUCUAAUUGCCUUGUUUUUUAUGCAAAACUUAUGAAAGUAUCGAAAGUAACGGUUUAAAAAGUAAUAAAAAUGCUAUUUAAAAGUCUAAAAAUAUACAUAUAU